GCAGCACGGAUUGAUCAAGUUGACUGUUGUUGGCAAUUUUAAUAGUUACAAUGGAAGAACAACGGUCUAUGACGCAGAAACUCCUCGACCUGAUGCAGGAGACAGGGUACCCCUUGGUCCAGCACAACGGUCAAAGGAAGUUCGGGCCGCCCCCAAACUGGGUGGGCCCCGCGCCCCCGAAAGGCUGCGAAGUCUUCAUCGGCAAGCUGCCCAGAGAAAUCUUCGAAGAUGAACUGGUUCCCGUAUUCGCAAAGAUCGGUAAGAUUUACGAAAUGCGUCUCAUGAUGGAUUUUUCGGGAUCCAACCGUGGCUACGCGUUCGUUACCUAUACCAAUAAAGCUGACGCCUCCACGGCCGUGAAAGAGCUGAACGGCUACGAGAUCAGGCCGAAGCGACACAUUGGCGUCGUGAAGUCUGUGGAUAACUGCCGUCUCUUCGUCGGUAAUAUUCCGAAGACGAAGACCAAGGAAGAAGUUCUGGAGGAGCUUUCGAAGCGCGUGGGUGGCAUUGUGGACCUGAUUCUGUACAAGAACUGCUAUGACAAGAGGCUGAACCGCGGUUUCGCUUUCGUGGAGUUUACCUCGCACCGAGCGGCGGCCAUGGCGCGGCGAGCCCUGGUGCCUGGCUGCGUGAAGAUUUGGGACCAAGAACUGAUGGUGGACUGGGCCGAACCUGAACCAGAUGUUGACGAUGAGCAGAUGCAAAAAGUGAAGGUGCUCUAUGUAAGGAACUUUCAAAUAAGGACUACACCAGACACCAUCCAAUCGGUAUUUGAGUCUGCAAUCAAAAAUCAAGUUGAACGAGUUAAGAAAAUUUAUGACUAUGCUUUCAUUCACUUCUUCAAACGUGAGCAUGCUGAGUUGGCAAUGAAGAUGCUUCAGAAUGCAGAGAUUGAUGGUAGCAAUAUUGAAAUAAGAUGGGCAAAACCAGUUGUUCGUGAGAUAUACCGCAUUCAGAAAUUGAACAGAGGCAAUGCAAAAUUUAACAACUGUUUCAACUUGUCCCAAACACUCUUGAUGUACAGGCAACAGAUGGAAAAUAAUACUCAUAUUUCUUCUCCCAAAGAAGAUGAAGGUAUAGGGUCAGCCACUGCAGGAGAGUCCCCUUGUGGUUCACCAUCAGACUCGCCUAACUACUCAUAUGCUCCCAAGGACCAAUACCCAUUGGCUCCAGCUAAGCUUGAAUCAAUGUGUAAAAGGUACAUGUGGGUACCACCUGUAUACAACUUCCAGAAGUACUCGGACCCUAUCCACUCUGAGCUAUGGGUAGGAAAAGUUGAACUACCACAUGUUGGUCUGCCCCUGAUCUCUCCGCCACGUCGCUUUGGACCUUUGGCUACACGACCCUGUCUGUCAAUGCAACAGGCGCAAAUUGAAGCUGCUGAAACUGCAUUGCAAGUAAUAAAGAUGCUGAAAGCCAGCCACAUUCAGCAGUCGAUGCCGCCGCAGCCGCCACUCGCGCCUGUCUACCCUCCCAUCAUGUCACCAAUGCAGACCUGCGUCAACCUGCCAUAUGAUUACAUGAACCCACCGUCAACCCUCUUUCAACCGGGGCCUGUACCGCUCCCUAUGCCAAUAUGGCGAAAUGCUUGAAUUUAAAUUUCGAAGCAAGCUUAGGUAAUAGUUUUUAUAUAAAUUUUAAACCUUAUUCCUGAGAAAAUAAGGCUGAAAUUUUGUUGUAACUGUUUGUUAUUGUUAUUGCUGCUCAUGAAAUCCUGACGGCAAUCUGAUGGUUGUGCAGUUGGGAUUUCAUUGAAUCUUCGUUUUGUUAGCGAAAAAGUAUUUUUAGGCUAAGCGACUUUUUUUGUAACAUUUAGUGACUCCUUUUAGACAAUUUAGUUAUGUUUUGACCUAUUUAUGUCGGACGCGCAAUCGCAGUUUUUGUUUGACAGAAGUUUCAUUGUUUAAUUCUUAUUAUAGUUAAUAUUUUCAAUUAAUAUCUGAAUUAUUUUUAAUGUAGGUAACUCAAUUGAUUCAAUUGUUGAAAAUUUAAUUUUGAACAUGUUAUCAUAUUGGUUAUCUACUGGAUUCUUUGAUUUGUCAAUAUAACUUCGAUAGUUGUAAUUUUUUAAUAGGUGUUAUUUACGUUAUGUAAAGCUACCUAAUUCAGUGCUUCCUUGUGCCUAUAUCCUAAUAUAUUCAGAGUGAAUGCACUGCUUUACUUUGUUAAUGUUUACUAUCGACUUCUAUGUAUUUUGUAGAAUAAAAAGAUAAAAAAAAAA